UCCGCUCUCACUUACACCAUCGCCAUGACAACCACAUCCACCACCACCACCACCUCCACCAAGAAGACGCCCGCCGCGCGCGAUAUCAUCUCAAUAUCCAUCCCCGAAGGCGAAGGCAUGAAGACACAACUAGACCGCAUCGCCCGCUCAAAUCGCACUGCCUACGAGAAACGAGUAUGGACCGCGCUGUGCCAGGUACCAAAGGGCCAGAUCACGACGUACGGCAUCCUAGCGGCUCAUCUCAAGUCAUCGCCGAGGGCCGUCGGCAACGCGCUGCGUCGGAACCCGUUCGCGCCGCAGGUGCCGUGUCACCGGGUCGUUGCUACGGGCGGCGCAUUGGGUGGGUUCAAGGGCAAGUGGCCGAAGAAUGGGGAGGGCAUCACGCUUGAUGAGAAGAGGAUGCUUUUGAGGAAAGAGGGUGUGAAGAUUGAUUCGAGUGGGCGCGUUCUUGGGUCGCCAUUUGUGGCAUUUUCUUGAAGUCGAGAAUGAAGACAAUAUGAAGUUCAAGCGUUGACGUUUCCAAGUCGACAUUACCAUGAAAUCUUCACAUCCCACGGCCGCCCGUGAUGAGUUGCUUCUCGUAGAAAGACCAUGGGUCCCCGGAUAUCUGUCUCUACAUCUGGGGUUUGACAAGAUGUGUUAUCAAUCAUUGCACAGCAAGC